CGUUUUCAUUUCUCCGUAAACACAAAUAAAUUCACCCAAAAAAUCUCUUUCUAAAAAAUACACCCAAAAAAAUCAAAACUCAGAAAAGUCCCAUUUUAAUUCUUCAAUAAAAAAAGGCGUCAUGUCUUCCACCACCGGCGGCGUCUCGCAACUCUACUUCUGCUACCAGUGCAACCGAACGGUAACAAUAACUCCACCAACCACCGCUCUCUCAUGCCCUAACUGUCACGAAGGUUUCCUCGAAGAACUCGAUUCUCCAAACCCUAGCCCUAACCCUUUCGAUGCUGGUCUCGGCCCCGCCCUCUUACUCGACGACUUCGCCUCCAUUUUUGGCGGCAUGAACCCCACUCCUCGAUCAUCGACCACCUCAACAACAGCAACAAACUCCUCCUCUGCGUCGCCACUAUUUCAAGAUCCCGACGGUUUCAAUCCCUUCGUGUUCCUGCAAAAUUACCUGCAAACCAUGAGGGCCGGCGGAGCGAAUAUUCAGUUUGUGAUUGAAAAUAAUCCUGGUAUGGGCGGAAUGGACCCCACCGGAUUUCGUGUUCCGGCGAAUCUCGGAGAUUACUUUAUCGGACCAGGGUUAGAACAACUAAUUCAACAGCUUGCGGAGAAUGAUCCUAAUAGGUAUGGAACUCCGCCGGCCGCCAAAUCUGCGGUUGAAAAUCUUCCUGAUGUCAAGGUAACAGAGGAAUUAAUGCAAUCGGAUUCUUCACAGUGUGCAGUUUGUAAGGAUAGUUUUGAGCUAGGGGAGGUAGCUAAACAAAUUCCUUGUAAGCAUAUCUAUCAUAAGGAUUGUAUCAUGCCCUGGCUUGAAUUGCAUAAUUCGUGUCCGGUUUGUAGAUAUGAGUUGCCUACCGAUGAUCAGGAUUAUGAGCAGAGGAAAGGGAAUGGGAGUAAUGGGGUUAAUCAAAAUGUGGGUGGUGGAAUUAAUAGUGGUGGGUCGAUUAGUGAUGGUGAUAAUAGCGAUGGUAAUGCUCAGACACCGAGAGAGAGGAGGUUUAGGAUUCCAUUUCCAUGGCCGUUUAGUAGUGGUACUGGUAGGUCAGCUGGGUCGUCGGCAGAGGCCAGCAAUAGCCGGAGUGGGAACAACAAUGAUGGGGAUUCAAGAGGGAAUACCAACUUUGGAUCUGAUACUAGAGAAGAGGAUCUUGAUUGAUUAUUGCUGCUGGGUACUGUUUCUUGUAAACAUACAACUUUUUUUACUUAAUUUAGUUUCUUAUUGUUUUUGUUUCUCCUUUUGUUUUCAUUUAGUAAUAAGUGGCUGUUUUUGUUAAUGCUUGUCAAUAAUAGUUUGGUCUUAUUGAUGGUACAAUUGAAUAUCUGUGAUCUAGAUGGGUGUGCAAUGAAUUGACGACACAACUGUGAGUUAUGA